AUGGCGGAUUUAGUGCCGGGAACUUCUUCCGAUGAUACAUUUUCACAAGAUGAUACUGAUCCUGAAUUGAUAUUUCUUGAUUUUAGCCGUAGUUUAGACAGAUUAGCUACUUGCGGUGAUUAUGGCUUCAUCGUGUAUAAAACGAGAGAUUAUGAAACGCCGCAUAUUAUUUAUGAAAUGUGCAGACGUCCGCUACAGAAACGCUAUUUGACGUUUGUGAAUGAUGUGAUCUUAGUUGAAUGCUUUUCACCGAUACAUAAAUAUGCUGUGGUAUUAGGCAAACAUCCGCAUACAUUGCAUUUCUAUGACGCAUCGAUAAGUUCUUGCACCGGUAAAAGUCAUUUUCCGGAACGAAUCCUAAGCGUACGCUCAUGCUCAACGGUAAUAGCUGUCGGACUUGAAAACGAAAUACAAUGUUUUUGCAUAUAUAUGGAAAACUAUGAAAAUCUUGAAAGUUAUAUUAGAGUUGUAAAACUUCCUUCUCCAACCAGCUUUUCGUUACUUAUGGAUUUAACCGGUGAGGAAAGACCUCAUUUGGCUUAUCCGGAUUCUACUACUACAGGCCUUGUUGCUGUACACGAUAUUUGCGCCUGGACACAUUCUAAAAAAUUGAUAAAUGCGCAUAAUCAUCCAAUUGCCGCCUUACGUUUCAACGACGAUGCUACGUUGCUUGCAACAGCAUCAAACAUUGCCACAGUGAUUCGUGUCUAUGCGGUCCGCAAGCAAGAAUGUCUCUUUGUGUUCCGUCGAGGAUUAGCUCGGACUGUAACCGUAAAUUCAAUGGCAUUUAGUGCUGAUUCGAGAUUUCUUUGUUUGACCAGUAAUACGGAAACCAUUCAUGUAUUCAAACUGGAAGGAACUUUACCAAAAUUUCUCCAUCUGGAAGAUGAAUUAUUGCAGAAGUCGUUGGAACAGUCAAUGCCGCCUCAGCCAGUUGGAUGGUACGACUAUUUGGCUGGACCUACUCGUGCUGCUACAGAAUAUUUGGCACCAGCACGUGAUUUUGCUUCAGCAACUUUACCGGAAAUUGGAAACGUGAAUAUAGCUUGUUUAAAAAAGAUUAAUGGUAAAUUGCAUAUAUUAGCGGCUAUUUCUUCCAGAAAAUUUUUCGCAUUUUUAGUUAACGAAGAAGAAGGAGGGCCUUGCACUUUAGUAAAUAGUGGAAAGCUUAUUUCUAAAGUGACAUUAUAA